GAGCCUCAAACACAGACUUUCAUUCAAAACCUCUUAUUUUACUCAUUCAAUCAAACGUAUAUACAAAUAGUAACCUCCAUUCUAAACUCUUUGGUUUUUUCUCUAUUUCACAUAAAUAGAUAAAUAAACAGAUUGGUUAAACUGUGAAGUUUUUGAGCCGUUUAAUAACCGUUGUUGCAGAUAUGGGUUUAGGGUUUGAUAGUUAUAGUUAUUGUCUUGCACUUGGAAGGAAGAGGGUUGUGGUUUCCAAUAUCCAUGAAGGUUCUUCUUCACCAUCUUCUGGUGAAGAGGAUGAAUCAAUUCCAGUAAGGUCUCCAUUGAAGAGAAUGUGUAGUGGAAAAUUCAAUUCUGUUUCUGAGAAGUCUCGUCUUGAAUCCCUCCCUCAAGAUGUUCUGAUUAGGGUUUUGUGUGGUGUGGAUCAUGAUGAUUUGGAUCAAGUUUUUGAUGUUUCUACAACAAUUAGAGAAGCGAGUGAGAUUGCUAAGCAGAUGCAUUUUGAGUUCAGUACUCCAAAGAAAAACACUGUUGCUGCGGUUCGUUCACCAUUUCAUAAUGAAAAUGGGUGUGAUGAAAUUGAAGCUCCAAAUGCACCAUUGAUGUUGAAGAAAUCAAAGUCAAGGUUGAGUACUAGCAAACUUGCUGGUAUCUCAGUUACACUGUUUCCUUGAUUUGAUUAAAAUAGCGGAGGAGAAGAAAAGAGAAACAUUAACUUCCUUGAUUUGAGUAAAUUUGUGGAGAAGAGAAGCAUAAGUUAUGAUGAAAAUUUGGAUUAGGUUGAGUAAAUAGAUUGCUCCUUUUGUUCUUGUAUAUUGAACUAUACCUUAGAGAAGGGCUUCUUAGAGGUUCAGGAUCUUCAAAUCCUUGGUUGAAGAUUGAUUUGUUUUUUAUGUUUUCUGUACAUCUAUAGGCUUAAUGGAUUGUGACAGAUUCUAUGCAUUUUGUUUGGAGGGAUAUCAAAGGCCCUUCUGGUAGUCUGAUAAAUUUGAGUGUGUAUAAAUACCAAUUGCAUACUCUUUAUGCUUUUUGACCAAUGAUCAAUAUUACUGUUUUUCCUUUUCUUAUUAAA